AUGAAGCAGUCUGAAAUUCGAAGGAUGUUCCAAAUAAUUGGUGUACAUAAGCCGUACAGCAAACUGAAUAAUAAGCCGUACAAUACGCCGUACAACAAGCUGAAUAAUAAGCCGUACAAUACGCCGUACAACAAGCUGAAUAAUAAGCCGUACAAUACGCCGUACAACAGGCUGAAUAAUAAGCCGUACAAUACGCCGUACAACAAGCUGAAUAAUAAGCCGUACAAUACGCCGUACAACAAGCUGAAUAAUAAGCCGUACAAUACGCCGUACAACAAACUGAAUAAUAAGCCGUACAAUACGCCGUACAACAAGCUGAAUAAUAAGCCGUACAAUACGCCGUACAACAAGCUGAAUAAUAAGCCGUACAACAAGCCGAAUAUGUAA